AUAUUAUCAACAUCACCUUCACAUCUCAUACCUGUCGGGACCUUUGCGUUCAAUCUACAAGAUUACCAUACAAACCCGCCUAAGCCUUCUUGCACAUCCUUCUCUUCCCGAGAUGUCCGAACUCAGCAACGUCCUACCAGUCUUCGAUCAAAUUUCCCUGGUCCUGCACACAGCGGUUGACUUUUGUCGUAGAGCGGGCAUUGGUAUCAGUAUCAUCCAACAUGCGGCGAUAGGCGCAGCUCGGUCCAGCAUUCUACCAGUCGAGGAGCAAAAACACGGCAUCGAGCGAGGCCAGUACGGAGCCAAUAAUGUCAAAACGCGCGAAAGAGCUCAUAUGUACGCGCUCAUACUUGCCAUGGGACUAGCAAGCAGGACACUCAGACUACGAUGUACAACCACGCGCAUCAAGGUGCAGAGUGUCACGGUGUUCUGCACUUUGCCAUCGGUGGUUGCACUGAUCAAGUAUCACCAAGCUCACGGACCCAAGAGUCUCGAAUCUGUGGUGAGCCCAGAGGACCGCUCGAUGAUCAAAAGAGUCCUGGCGAGUGCAAAAAAACUGUCGCGAUACGAUGUCCAAGUCUCAGUCUCAGAAUACGGGGAAGAAAGUUUUACUUUGGAGGCAGCAAGAGUGAAGAUGAUGGCCCACCAGAGAAAGAAAAAGGCGUGCCGUCGCCGUCGUCACGAACGACGAAUCAUGUCCAAAAAUGCCGGGGCGGCAGGCGAUAAGGAAGAAGGUGGAGGAAGCGACGAGGACGGGAACGGAGUGGGCCAUGAGGGAGAAAUGAGAAAGGAUAGCUCGCAUUUGAGACCUAUGACAGGAAGAGAAUCGUCAAGUACAUUCAAGAUGGAUGAGACAGGUGAGCCUGAGUCGCACUGGACUUGAAUACAUACUCCUCUCUCAAGCGCCGCAGCUCUAGAGCAACCAACUGACACAAAACCAGCAGAAUCAGGCAGCCCAAUCUCCAGACCUCCAAACCUCCAACUCUUGCCAUAUAUAAUAGUGCAUAGAAGACGAGCCGACUCGGACCGUGUACAAAACGCGGAGACCAGCAGAAUGCAUAGAAAUGCACAUGAAGCGGUUGUAUGAAAAUGAUAUAGAGAACUACCUAUUCCAAUCUUAUUUACUUCUGAAGUUUUGAAAAUGGAACUUUAAACACACAUAUUACCAUGGAAACUAGUAUGAUGGAUGGGCAUUGGUAGCGUGGAAAUGUGAAGUGGUGGUUGCGAAGUCUCCCCAGGUGUUGCUGGGUGCGCUGUUUUUAGAAUAUUAGCACUGGGGGCCGUCAUCGUCAUCGCACGUUGGAAAACCACUUGCUCAGCUACCGAAAAUCACAGUAUCUACACAAUGACGG